AUGGGCGGCAAGAGGGCGUCGGGGGCGGGCCAAGGAGGGGCGGCGAAGAAGAAGCAGGCGUCGAUAUCGACGUUUUUCUCCAAGUUCUCUGCCAAGGCACCUCAGGCACCCCCUGGGUCCGCUGCGGGCGCCCAGAACGGCCAUGGCGCCGGUUCGAUAGAGGAACGGCGGCCUCAAGGACAGCAGAAGCCGCCAGCCCCGAAGAUAGUGAACGACAACCAGCACGAAGACAGCGGGAGCGAUGGCGUUGUGCUCGUGACGCGCGCCGAGCGCGGGCAGCCCGCUGCGCCGCCGCGCGCGCGCGACAGCCCGUCUGGCGCACGCCCCGCCGAUUCCAUGGACACAGACGCCGCGCCGGACGCGUUGCAAGCCGGCGAGAGCCCCUCGCGGCCCGCAGGGGCUGCUACCAUUGGUGCUGCCUACAUUCCCUCUUCGCGGGACCCGGCGCGCCAGAGACGUCUCCAGCACGUCCUGGCUGGGUCGAGGGGCGGCAGCGGGAUGGUCGAGGGGCGCGGGCAGGGCGCCGACGCGGGCCCUGCGUCAGGUUCGGGCCGGAAGAGCGGUGGUGGGAAACUGACUCCCCUCGAGCAGCAAGUGGUGGCCCUGAAGCGCGACAACCCGGGAACGCUGCUCGCCGUCGAGGUGGGGUACAAGUUCAGGUUCUUUGGCGAGGAUGCGGAGGCGGCGGCGCAAGUGUGCAAACUCUACUGCUACACCGAUCACUCCUUCCUCACCGCGUCGGUGCCCGUGGCGCGGCUCUUCGUGCACGUCCGCCGGCUCGUCGAGGCCGGCCACCGCGUCGGCGUCGUGCGUCAGGUCGAGACGGCCGCGCUCAAGUCCGUCGGCGACAACCGUAACAAACCCUUUGAACGAAAGCUCACAGGCGUGUACACGAAGGCGACGCUCGAGGCCGGGCUGAUGGAGGACGUGGGCGAGGCUGGCGAGGAGGCUGCGUCGGGCGCGGUGCGCGGCGGCGGCGCGAGCUACCUGUUGUGUGUUUGCGAGGAGCAUGGGAGAGAAAGCGACCAGGGGACGUCCCGGGACGUCGCGCGGCUCGGAAUCGUCGCGGUGGAGGUAUCCACGGGGGACGUGCUGUGGGAGGAGGCCAACGACGGCCCCCUGCGGGAGCUCCUCGACUCACGCCUGCUGGAGGUGUCUCCCGUCGAGGUUCUACUCCCCCGGGGGUGUUCCCGCGCGACGGAGCGCACGGUGCGGCAGCACUCGCGCGGCGGAGCGAGCGUGCGCGUCGAGGCCGUGGACACGACGCUCGGCGGCGGGCACGGUGCCGCGGUGCGCGUCCUGACGCAGGCGUUCGGCGUGGGGCAGGACGGCGCUGAGGCGGGCGGCGGCGGGAACGUGGCGGCCGCGCUGCAGCUCCCGGCGCUCGCGCUGCAGGCGCUCGCGGUGCUCGCGCACCACCUGCAGCCGUUCGGACUCGAGGGCAUCCUGAAGCUUGGCACGACGUUCCAACACCUAGGCGAGGCGCAUGAAAUGAAGCUGUCGCCGAACGUCCUCGAGCAGCUCGAGAUCUUCGAGCCCCAGGGCGCGCCGGGCGUCACCACCGGCCGCAGCGCCUCCGCCGCUCCCCUCAAGGGCACGCUCCUAUGGCAACUCGAUCACACUCGCACCGGGCCGGGAGCGCGCCUGCUUCGCCGCUGGAUCGCGCGCCCGUCGCGCCGCCGCGCCGUCGUCGACGCCCGCCUCGACGCCGUCGAGGAGCUCCUGCCCCACGCCCUCCCCCCCCUGACGUCGGGGGGCGCCAACGCCCCCGCCGAGGACGGCGACGGGACCCUCGAGGGCUUGCCGGCGAUGCUGCGGGAGCUCCCGGACCUCGAACGCGCCCUCGCACGGAUGUACCACGGCACAGCGGCGCCGUGGGAGGCCGUCUCGGGCCUCAAGCACUUGGCAGACCUCCCAAGCGCUAUCGCGAAGGUCUGGCCGAAUGCCAGCCGCGAGGGCGACGAGGACGAGGGCGAGGACGACGGCGCACCGCGUAGCCCGCUGCUGCGCAGCCUGCUGCGCACGGCCGCGGCGCGCGGGCCGGCGCAGGCGGCUGCCGCGCUCCUCGCGAGGCUGCAUGCGGGCGCGUGCACAAAGGGCGCCGGCGCGCAGUCGUCCGGCGCGGAGCGGAUGUUUGCGUGCCGCGAGACCUUUCCUGAGGUGUUUGAUCAGGCUGCGCGGUCGCGGGAGGCCCGGGAGGCGCUCGACGCGCUGCUCCCGAAGCUUCGGAAGGAGCUGGGUCUGCCAUCGCUGCAAUACACCUCCGUGAUGAACCAGGGGGACUUUCUGGUGGAGGUGCCGCGCGGGCCCGGCGGCGGGCACGCACGCGUGCCUGCGGGCUGGGAGCUGGUGUGCGGGACGAAGAAAGUCGAGCGUUUCCAUCCCCCCGAAGUCAAGGAAUUAAAACUGGCCAUGGACAUUGCUACCGAGCGUCUGGCGGCGGCGUGCGUCGCGGCGUGGCGGGACUUCCUCGGGCUGUGUCGGGAGUCGUACGUGGCGCUGCGGCAGCCCGUGCGCGCGCUCGCGGAGGCCGAUGCGCUGCUGUCGCUUGCAACGGCGUCGGCCAACGCAGGGUGGGUCCGGCCGGAGAUGACGGGGGGCAGUGAGGCUGACGCAGGGGAGGGGAGCGGGGAGACGGUGGCGAUAUCGAUCGAGGACGGGCGGCAUCCGCUCCUAGACGCCCUGCUGCCGGCUGGUGCGGUGCCGAACAGUGUCGAGCUGGGCGGGGCAGGGAGGCCCCGGACGGUGGUGGUGACGGGGCCGAACAUGGGUGGGAAGUCGUGCUACCUGAAGCAAGUGGCGCUGACGUGCAUGCUGGCGCAGAUCGGGUGCUUCGUUCCGGCGAAGCGCGCGGUCCUCCCGAUGAUCGACAACGUCCUGGCGCGCAUGGGCGCGGCGGACAGCCUCGCGAAGGGUAUCUCUACGUUUCAACAGGAACUUAUGGAAACCUCGACUAUCCUCCGCACGGCCACCCCGCGGUCCCUGGUCAUCAUCGACGAGCUCGGGCGCGGCACGAGCACGCACGACGGCCUCGCGAUCGCCCUCGCGGCCACGCGGCACCUCACCACGCACACCCGCUGCCUCACCCUGCUCGCCACCCACUACCCACAGCUCGCCGAACUGUCGCGCGAAAUGCCCGCGGACGUCGCGGCGGGGUACAUGUCGUACACCACCGCGGAGGAGGAGUGCGCGGGGGCGGGGGCGGAUGCGCCGGACGUGGCGGCGCGGUACGCCAGGAAGAGGGUUGGGUUCCUGUACAAGCUGACUCAGGGGGUUGCGCCGGCGUCCUACGGGCUCAACGUGGCGCGGAUGGCGGGGCUGCCGGGGCGCGUGGUGGAGCGCGCGGCGCAGGUGGCGCUGGACAUGGAGCUGGGGGGCGCGGAGGACGUGGCGGACGGCGUGCGGGGCAUGCUGGGGUUUGUGGCGGAAAAGAAGACCUGA